CAAGAGAGAUCCAGAUCCCAGCGAACUCGUAAACACGUCUGUGCAUAGUGCUAUUACGUAUACUCCCCCACUCACCCCCGAGAAGUCAGGAGGCAUGGCGAGGAAGGCAGCGGCAGCGGCCAUGGACGGCAAGAGCUCCGAGCUCGCGAGGGCCGUGGCGGAGGCGGAGGCGCGGGAGGAGCGGCUGCAGCGGGAGCUGGAGGCGGCGCUGGCGCGGGUGGCCGUGGCGGAGGAGGCCGAGGAGCGGCUGUGCGUGCAGCUCGGCGAGCUGGAGGCGGAGGCCAUGACGCAGGCCAUGGAGUACCAGCAGCACGUCAGGGCGCUCUCCGAGAGGCUCGCCCUCAUGGACGGCCUGCUCAGGUCCUCCGGCCUCCACGGCGCCGUCGUGCAGCCCGGCCUUCACUGACGAACCGAAUCUCAUCAUGCGUUCCCUUGCCUGUUAUUAUGUGUGAUCAUGCAAGGCUGUAGUGGUUGUUAAAUUUUUCUCCUUUCCGCCGGCGUGUGUUUGAUGCCAACUCGUGCGUGCUGGUGGCGUGUAGUGUAGGAUGUACAUUUCUUUUCUUUUCUUUUUGAGAUGUACUGUAUAUAACGUCGUUUGUGUAGUUCUACAUAUCUCUUGAGAACAUCUUAAUGUUGCCCC